AUGCGCCAAACGGUUGGCAAGUAUGAUGGCCUCGCCGACCCGGAUGAUCAUCUCAACUUAUUCAAGAGCGCCGGCGAAGUAGCCUGUUGGUCCAUGCCCUUAUGGUGCAAAAUGUUCGUACAAACGCUAGUGGGCGCGGCCCGAGUUUGGUGGGAUAGCCUGCCUACGGGUGAAAUAGACAGCUUUGAAGAUUUAGAAUCGAAAUUUAUCUUACAGUUUAGCCAGCAGUGCAGACACACGAAAGAUAGAAACGAGUUCCUCCACAUCCGUCGGCGAGAUAAUGAGACGGUAGAAAACUUUGUCAUCAGGUUUAACAAGGAAAGCCUGGCGAUCCCGGGCGUGACAAAUGAUCUGGCAUGUGGAGCUUUCCUUCAGGGGGUCAAUGAUGACGAGUUACUGAGAACGCUACAUGGAAGGGAUGGUGUACCCCCACCAAUCGAUGAAAUACUUCGAAUAGCCAAAGUAUACGUCAUACAAGAGAAGGCAGUGGCAGCUAGCCAUACAGCCAAUAGGAAAAAAGAAGCCCUAAAGAGCCAGGAGGAAAAGGAUCACCGGGGAUCUAAAGGCAAAAGUAGGGGAGACCGAUACCAGAGAAACGACAAAGACGCGCGGUACGAUAGACACCGAAACUCCUAUUCAAGGAAUGAGCCGUCGAAACCUCGAUCCGAAUACCCCAACUUAAGCAAGACACCGGCUGAAAUUUUAGCCUCAGAAAACCUCAGGUUUAACCCAACAAAACCACUGAAAGAUAACCCUAACAAAGAUACGAAUAAGUACUAUGAGUACCACAAAGGGAGCGGGCAUGACACCAACGAUUGUUUUCAGCUUAAGAAACAGAUCGAAUAUUUUGUAAAGGCGGGCAAAUUGGCACACCUAGUAAGAGAUAUCAAGCAAGGCCCACCUGUCGUCAAGGAAGAAAGCGACAAGGCGGCAGGCAAGAGGCCGCAUGAAUUAAACAUGGGGCACGCAGAUAUGGGAAGGGGGGCAAAACGGAGUUUCUCCACGCUCGAACCCUGGAUGUUGGCAACAAUGACCAUAGAACCUCGUAUGGAGGACUUGCACCUUACUACAGAGGCCCUGAUCAUAUCCGCGGCAGUAGGAGACUACCGCAUGAGGCGAAUCCUGGUCGACACCGGGAGCUCGGAAGACAUUAUCUAUGAGCAUUGCUUCAACAGAUUGCAACCAGAAGAUAGAAAGUUGCUUGAAUCAGUACACGCCCCCAUCAAAGGGUUCACAGGGGAAAAGGUCGACCCUAUCGGUUAG